AAAUUUUAGAUGUUUUUGAAGAUUACCUUUUUAGUAACUAUAUUUAAUCUAUUCUUAACAGGCCAGUUAAUAUCUACUGCGGAACUCAAUUCACCAGAAAAUCAUCGUUAAUGAAUGGAAAAACGCUGCGGAGUUAUAAAUACUAUUCUUCUCUAUUAUUAAUUUUUUCAAACUACUACAAUCGAAAAAAUGCUUAUGGAGCUUCGGUGAAGCAGUGUUCGAGGAAAAGAUCUGCUCAUAACAAUUUUUUUUAGUAUAUUUGUAAAAAGGUUGUGAACAAUUCUGUGAAUUUUACCAAAGUUUAAAUGAAUACGAUGAAAUUUCAUUUUCAGCAUGAAUUUUGUAUCUUUUAUAUUGUAAUUGGCACAGCGUUAUUUGUUGUUCCAAUUCUGCGUAUCUUUGCUUUCGCCAUCAUCCUCGUACACACGUCACUCUGUUUAUUUCCAAUUAAACAAUGACUUAAGCUUUAACUAAAAUUAAUUAAAUUCGUUAUUCGUUUUCCUAAUUAGCCGCACUGGUCAAUAGUGUGUGUAUAUUUCCGCUUUCUAUUUAUAUGCAAGAGCAUGAUAUUACCAAGGGAAACACUUGGUUGCCCAUCGUCAAAGCAAAAUGAGGAAGGUGGUGCUGUGUGCGACGGUGAUCGGAGCCGCGACGGCCUGCGCCGUGGGUGCGGUGGCGGUGCAGAGGUACGUCAGGAAAUGCCGACGGUGGGGAAGAGCCUUGGAAAUAUUGCAGGAAUUAGAGGAGAAGUGUGCGACGCCGACGUGGAAGCUGAAGCGCAUUGCGGAUGCCAUGAACGUGGAGAUGCACGCCGGCCUUGCUUCCGAAGGUGGUAGCAAGCUCAAGAUGCUCAUCACCUACGUUGAUAAGCUCCCAACAGGGAAUGAGGAAGGACUAUAUUAUGCCGUGGAUCUUGGAGGGACUAAUUUUCGGGUGUUACGUGUGCAAUUGGGAGGCAAGGAAGGAGGUAUCGUUAGUCAAGAAUUUACUGAGGUGUCAAUUCCUCCUGAUUUGAUGGUUGGAACAUCAACUGCACUCUUUGACUAUAUUGCAGCAGAAGUUGGAAAAUUUGUUGCCCAAGAGAGUGAAGAUUUUAAAGUUCCUCCAGGUAGACAGAGAGAGAUAGGUUUUACCUUUUCCUUUCCUGUCAUGCAAACGUUAAUUGCUUCUGGGAACCUUAUCAAGUGGACAAAAGGCUUCAACAUAGAGGACGCUGUUGGUAAAGAUGUUGUGGAAGAACUAAUGAAAGCCAUUCGGAAACAAGGUCUUGNUAUGCGUGUAAAUGCUCUGGUCAAUGAUACAGUUGGAACAUUAGCAGGAGGUCGAUAUACACACAAAAAUGUCAUUGCUGCUAUUAUUUUAGGAACUGGAACAAAUGCUGCAUAUGUAGAGCGUGUUCAAGCAAUACCAAAAUGGCAUGGUCCUUUGCCAGAUUCUGGAGAGAUGGUUAUCAACAUGGAGUGGGGAAACUUUAGGUCAUCAUACCUUCCAUUAACUGAGUAUGAUCAUGCCCUAGAUGCUGAGAGUUUAAACCCUGGUGAACAGAUUUUUGAGAAGAUAAUUUCGGGCAUGUACUUGGGAGAAAUUGUUCGUAAAGUACUAUGCAAAAUGGCCGAAGAAGCUUUACUUUUUGGUGACAAUGUUCCCCCAAAACUAAAAGAUCCGUUCAUAUUCAGGACACCUGACAUGUCUGCAAUGCAUCAUGAUUCCUCGGCUGAUCUCAACGUGGUAGGAAGCAAACUGAAGAACAUUUUCGAGAUAUCUGAUAGCUCCCUAGAAGUGAGGAAGGUGGUUGUGGAGAUCUGCAAUAUUAUUGCUACCCGUGGUGCUCGUCUUGCUGCUGCUGGAAUCUUAGGUAUCUUGAAGAAGAUGGGAAAAGACAAUAUGAGUGAUGUUAAUGGUGAGAAGAAUGUGAUAGCCAUGGAUGGUGGAUUGUAUGAGCACUACACUGAGUAUAGCAAGUGCCUAGAGAAUACCCUUAAAGAAUUGGUUGGUGAAGAUGCCUCAGAAAGUAUCAUCAUUGAGCAUUCCAAUGAUGGUUCAGGAAUUGGUGCUGCCCUACUUGCAGCCUCACUGUCCCAGUAACUUGAUGCUUUACAAUAAUGAACAGCAUCAUCAUAUUAGGGUUUUUAUCAUUUAUCAUCCAUUUAUGGCCACAGUUGACUUUCUCAGCCUCUAAUUUAAUCCAAUCUUUGCCACCAUUGGUUUAAGCUUAUGUAUUCAAUUCUUUCUGCAGGAUUCUGCAUUUUUUUCUCUUCCCUUGUUAACCUCAACACCAUAUUUCAUCUCUUUCUUUUCAAGUCUCAAUAUUUUUUAAUAGUUUUGUAUUGUAUCUGUUUACCAAUAAGCU